CUGUCUUCACACUGUCCCAACCUAGCAGUUCGCAAAGAAAGCGCCGGCUCCUGCUUUCAGCCCAGGCACCCAACCAGGCGGAGAGCCGGCUUCCGCGCGGGGGUCUUUCUUGUCGAGAACGCCCGCGAAGCGCGGGAAAAACCGGCAACUUCAUGGAGGAACCGGGGCAAGUCGCCGAGAGAGAGGAGAGGGUGGAUUGGGGCUACGAAGAAGGUGUUGAGUGGGGGCUAAUCUUUCCUGAUGCAAAUGGGGAAUAUCAAUCUCCUAUUAAUUUGAAUUCAAGAGAGGCCAAAUAUGACCCAUUGUUACUGGAAGUACACUUAUCACCAAAUUAUGUUGUAUGCCGUGAUUGUGAGAUCCUCAAUGACGGACACUCAAUUCAGAUCCUCUUAAAGACCAAAUCAAUGUUAGUGGGAGGCCCAUUACCUCGGGGCCAUGAAUUUGAACUUCACAAUGUUCGAUUUCACUGGGGCAGAGAAAAUCAGCGUGGCUCAGAACACACAGUUAAUUUUAAAGCAUUUCCCAUGGAGCUCCAUCUGAUCCACUGGAACACUACCAUGUAUCACAGUAUUGAUGAGGCAGUCGGAAAGAAGAAUGGUAUAGCCAUUAUUGCCUUAUUUGUGCAGAUAGGAAAAGAACAUUCAGGCCUAAAGGCUAUCCACUACUAAGAGACUUUUGGGUGUAUGAAGGCUCUCUCACGGUCCCACCCUGCAGUGAAGGUGUUACGUGGAUCUUAUUUAGAUAUCCUUUAACUGUAUCCCAAGUUCAGAUAGAAGAGUUUCGCGGACUGAGGAAUCAUAUUAAAGGAGCAGAGCUCCUAGAAGGUUGCGAUGGAAAUUUAGGAGAUAAUUUCAGACCAACACAGCCACUUAAUGACAGAGUCAUAAGGGCUGCUUUCCAGUAGCAGAGACAAAUAAUUAAAAAAAGAAAAAGAAAUGAAGUCAAAAUAUAGACCCUUGAUUCUGAUCUAAGCCAGUUGAUCUUGUCUGAAGAUUUUGUGGUCCUUGGACUUGCCUAAAAGCUAUUAAAAAGAGUCACCCUAGAAUUCUUUUUGAAUAAUGGAUCACAUUGCUGGAUACUGAACUGAAUUUUUCUAGCAAGGAAUAUGAUUCCCCUUUGAACUGACAUAUUGACUUAAUAUGACUUGCUUCAGUAGAGAUGGCUGAAGAUGUAAUGUGGAGCCAUUCAUCAAUUACACAGCGCAAAGAUAUAAUCUUGAAGACUGUUUCUUUUUAUCUAAAGGCUAACAAUAGUUUUGAGACUACAUUGUCGUUUAAGAGCUUAUAUAAUUUUAGGUUUAUGUUAGAAUAAAGAUCUGUGAUAUUGCACAAGGUUUGGUGGAGCUUUUUUAAAUAAUCUUCAUUCUCAUUUUACUAUUUGCUUGUUGGCAUCUAUAGUUUUCCAACUGCUUCAAGUCAAUUCCAAUACUCUCCAUUAAUUGAACGUAUAUUCACUUGGUGUAGGACUGCUUGUAACUGAGUGUAGUAUAUGUGCACAUUAAUGUUAUUAACUGAAUUUAAUGGCUUCCUAUAAAGGAGAAGUGAUUGAAUCUAUUUCUGUUAUGAGCCCUUUUAUGUUCUGUCCUAGAAGCAAAGCACAAAGCAGUGAAAUGCAAGAUAAUUUGAUGUAUCCAGUGACAAAUAGCAGUGGAAUGACUUCAUCCUGGAAGCUUGUGUAUGUCACGUUGUCACAAAUUGUCACAUAAAGACGUGAUGUGAGGAAAAUAUUUUGUUAGUUUGUUAGUAAUUGAUGGUUGUAGAAUCUGUUGUGUUAAGUCACUCGUUCUUAAAACACUUCAAAGUGUUUUAAUACUUAAUUCCUUUUCUACCCUCCACCCAAAAUAAGAUAUGUAGGACACUCAUAUUUAUGUUGUGAUAUGUGGUAUGGAUAAAAGAUGAAAAGGGAUACUUCAAAGGACUUAAAUUUACAGAGUAUCUUCUUUUAAAUAUGUAUGUAUUUUCAUGCUUGUAUCAUUCUGACACCAUAUAAAUUAUUCACAGUAAUAACUUAUCACAAUAAAACAGAGAGUAUUUUGGAGAUUGUAGUUACUGAACAUGCACUUACACAUGACUGUUUGAUAUAUCUUAUGAAAGAAAGCAUACCCAUGAAGAAUUUAUGAGAAAGAAUGAAAUAUUCAAUUAUUUUGUUUUUGUUUUCUGGAUGUAACAUAGCUCCUCCUUCUUUAAAUACUGCCCUGAAAAAAAAAAGACCACUAAUUUAGCCAAGGGAUUUAUUCUUUAAGAAAACAAUAAAAAGUUAAACUCAGAAACUUCUUGAAUAAAGAAGAAUUGAGAUUAAUCUAGGGAUCCUGAUUAAUGUAAAGAUUGUCAGAGGAACUGAAAAUCUUGUCCAGUAAAGAAACAAACCUGGAAAAUAGAACUAAAGAUGCAAGAGAGCAGGAUGGGGAGAAAAUUUUCCAGAAAUAAAUUUGCAAUUAUUCCUGAUUUAACAACAGCAAUAGGAACUUCGAUUUCCAUUGCUAAGCAAUGCGUUCAUAAUGUGUGACAUCAUAAGACUGCAUUGCUUAGUGAUGGCAAUUCUGACAGUUCCUAUUGCUAUUGUUAAAUGAGAAUCAUGGGUGGUGAAAUGACAAGACUGAGUGGCUCACAAUCUGUCUAGAAGGUGGCUAAGUGGUUGGUGUGGUGCAUUGCGAGCAUGGUCAUAUGAGGUGUGGCUGUUGCCAAGUUUGGAAAGGCACCCAGGUGAUUGCCAUGGCACAACAGAAGGGGAGAGGAACUGUUGCCUGAGACAGGAUUGUGCACAGCUGGCUCACACCUUAUAGCUGGGCUCCACAGAAGAAAAAACAAUGAGUGGUACUGACUUACAGGAGUGAAUUAUGACCAUUGACUUUGCUUGUAGGAAACUGGCAGGGAAGAUUGCAAACAAUGAUCAGGUGACCACAGGACACUGCAACUGUUGUGUGAGCCAGUUGUCAGAAGCCCAAAUUGUGAUCACUUGACCAGAACUUUGAGCACCAGUCAUAAGUACCAUAUGUUCUGCACCAUCAUAACUUUCAUUGGUUGCUGAAUGAGUGGUUAUUAAUUGAAGCAUAAUUGAAAAAAAGUCACUGUGUAGAAUUGCAAUGUGUUGAGACAUUAAAUGGAAAGAAAUGGAAACUUCUGCAGUGAAGUGUGUUGGUAUAACUGAAUAAACAUUCCCUCUAUUGUAUUUUAUUUGCUAUUUGUUUGGGGAAGAAUUUUGAAGCAACUUCUGAAAAACUUCUAGUCUUCUCUUACAAGUGACAUUUUUUAUAUACUGAUUCUAUGGAGCAGAAUAAUGAGACAAAUUAGUAUCAAUAUCAGUAUAUGUACAAAAGUGGGGAACUUAAUUAUGCUGCCAGGAUUUUCAUCAUGGAUAGUUGUGGACUUCAACUCCCAGAAUUCCCCAGCCAGCAUGGAGUUCAGAAUCAGAAUAGAGCUGCAAGGGACCUU